UCCAUCAUGUCCACUUCCUGUACCGGCCCUGUCCUGACUUUCCUCCCAGCAUGCUUUGCACCUGCCUACGAUCCAGCCUCAGGGUCACCGCCUUCAGCAGGGUGGGGGGGUCGUCACCUGACUCCAGCUGCCCCGGUGAUGGAGCGUUACCACGGUUACUGCUGGAGAAAAACAUGGGUGUGUCCGAGUACCUGUGGACCUGUCACCUGAGCUCACAGCUCACUCACAGUCUGGUCCCCAGUGUGUUGAAGCAGCAGUGUGUGUGCGUGUUGUCCUGGAAGCUGAUGGAGUUUGUGAUGAGGCGACGAAGAAGAAGAGGAAGGAGGGAAAUCUACUCAGAGAUGUUGGACGAGCCUCACACCUGUCCUCUGACACAGUACAGUGUUGACCCUUACAGUGUUGACCCUGCAGUACAUCAGUACAUCAGUAUAUCAGAGCUCAGUCAGUCUCUACAGUCAGAGUGCUGGUCUUCGGUCUCGCUGAGCUCUCUGCUGCCUCCUGGUGGAUCCGGUCUCACCAGGUCUCAGAUCAACACAGCACUGGCUUGGUCCUGCAGGACUCUGACCUCUGACCUCCAGGAACGGCCCCAGACUGGAGACAGACUCAGGCGGCGCCCCCUGCUGCUGGUCGGGGUGUUGGAGCUCCCAUCACUGACGUCUGAACAAACCCUGCAGCUCAGAGACACUACGGGGGCUGUGGCCUGUGUCGCCACGGAAACCAGCGAGGAGGAGGAGGGAGGUCAGAGGGCAGCCUUCAACACUGCCUGGAUAGAGGGGGAGGAGUCCAGCGAUGAUGUCACAGCGAGGAAACAGACAGCAGAAGAAGAAGAGACGGAGGGAGCUCAGACUGCAGCGAGGAAGAGAAGAAGAGAGGCCGACUCCUCCGUUACCGUGACUACCGGCCCCCGACCCUGCGUCUCCGUGGUGAUCAGGCUGGAGCAGAAGGAGGGCGUGUCCUGGAGAAACAUGGCGGCGAGGCUAAAGGGAGAGGAGGCGGGGCUUACACUGUGCUUCUCAGUCAGAGCUGCUGUGAUUGGUCCAGUGGUCAGCUGGGGGCGGGACCCGAAGAACGGACCAAUGACAGACAGAGAGACGGAGACAGAGAGCGAGUACAAGGUGGUCCUGGUGUUCUCAGGUGGGUCGGCCCGCUGGUUUCCUCUCCUCCAGCCCGGAUGUUUCUACAGACUCACCGCUCCCAACACACAGGCUCUCUCGCCCACAGUCCUGUCCGUCUCUGAUGUCUUGGACUGCAGGUCAGAGUUGGUGUGUUUUCAGGCUCAGGUGUGUGACAGGAUCAGUCUCAACAACAGGACCAGUGACUCUGUUGCAGGUGUGUGUGCUGGUGUGCGACUCACAGUGUGUGACCAGAUUGGGAGGACUGUUCAGGUGUACCUGGACUUGAGCCACACCCCCUACCCACCUGGCCUGUUGCCUGGCAACACGCUGCUUCUGUCUGCUUUCCAGCGGAGAGUGUCCAGGUCUGGAGGUGUGUACUGCAGUUCUCUCCCUGUCAGCUCUCUAACCGUCGUGUCACUGGGAGAUUCGAGCUCCGCCCUGCCUCCCCCUGCUCCCAUGAUGCAUCUGGGUGCGUGGUCAGUGAGCAGAGAGCAGAGGUGCAUUGUGGGUCAGGUCACAGGUCACGUGGUGUGUUUCCUGUUCCUGCAGCUGCAGUGGAGCUGCUCGCUGUGUGGGAGUCUCUACAUGCAGACGUGUUCCAGUUCUCCGUGUGGAUCCACCAGCUCCGUCUUUCAGUCCAAAGCAAAGCUGGUGAUUGAUGACGGCACAGGUGAGGCUCACGUGUGGUUCUCCGGUGCUCUGGUUCGUCCUCUGCUCGGAUUGGCUGAUUCUCAGUGGGAGGGGCUUCAGAGAGCACUAAGGGUCAGAGGUCACAUCAGAGUCUACCCCCGGGGGCGGAGCAUGAGAUUAAGAGGUUCAGCAGAGGAGAACGAGACUUCAUGACCAGGGUGACUCCUCCUCUACAGCUCACCUGUCUGCACCUGAACACUGAUGAUGUCACCGUCAGCACACUGAUACGCAGGUGAUCGGUCACAGGAAGAGGCGGAGCCAGCUCACCUUUCUUUGAAUGUAGUUUCUCCAUUUUACAGAAUGUGUUGAUGUUCUGUUUAUAGAAGUUAUUAAAUCUUCAUUUAUUCCUCCUGAA